AUGGUGAAUCCAAAGUUUAAUAAGCAGCAUGGGCAGCACAUACUGAAGAACUUAGGGGUGGUUGACACGAUAAUAGAAAGAGCAAGAAUAAAGCCAACGGACGUUGUGCUGGAAAUAGGUGGGGGAACAGGGAAUCUUACGAUGAAGUUGCUCCAGAAGGCAAAGAAAGUAAUAUGCUAUGAAAUAGAUCCUAGACUUGCAGCAGAACUGGCAAAAAGAGUGAACGGUGUUCCGGGGAUGGCACAGAAAUUUCAACUUUUUGUGGGAGAUGCAUUAAAGCAUGACUUCCCCCACUUUGAUCUCUGCAUAACCAACUUGCCGUAUCAGAUUAGUAGCCCGUUUGUGUUCAAGCUUCUGAAGUAUGACUUCAAGUGUGCAUAUGUAAUGUUUCAGAGAGAGUUUUCCAACAGGCUAGUGGCAAGGCCGGGGAGUCCUGAAUACUGCCGGCUCUCUGUUGGAGCACAAAUGCUUGCGCAAAUAGACCAUGUUCUGAAAGUCUCAAAAAAUAGCUUUGUACCGCCGCCAAAGGUUGAGUCAAGUUUUGUGAGGAUCGAGCCUCGAGUGCCAAGGCCACCAAUAGAUUUUGAGGAGUUCGACAGAUUCCUGAAGAUAUGCUUUCUUAGAAAGAACAAGACACUCAAAGCAAACUUCAAGAACUCGUCCCUACUCAAUAAGAUAAAAAACAACCCGGCUUUUGAGAACACUACCCCCGAAGACUUGUUUGAAAGAGUCCUAUCGAAAGCCGAUCUUAAUGGAGCAAGGGCCUCGAAGAUGGAUCUCGAUGACUUUCUUGCUCUAUUAUUAGAAUUCAGAAAGGUGAACAUCUACUUUUGA